GAACAUCAUCUCCAGCGGGCCAUUUCAGCACAGCAGGUAUAUGGAGAGAAGCGGGAUAAUAUGGUUAUACCAGUCCCAGAAGCAGAAAGUAAUAUUGCUUAUUAUGAAUCUAUAUACCCUGGAGAAUUUAAGAUGCCAAAGCAGCUUAUUCACAUACAGUCUUUUAGUUUGGAUGCUGAGCAACCAGAUUAUGAUUUGGAUUCAGAAGAUGAGGCCUUUGUGAAUAAGCUGAAGAAAAAAAUAGAUAUUUCUCCUUUGCAGUUUGAAGAAAUGAUAGAUCAGCUUGAAAAAGGAAGUGGUCAGCAGCCAGUCAGCCUGCAGGAAGCCAAGCUACUCUUGAAGGAAGAUGAUGAACUGAUUAGAGAAAUAUACGAGUACUGGAUUAAAAAGAGAAAAAUCUGUAGAGGUCCCUCUCUUAUCUCAGCAGUGAAACAGGAGAAGCAUGAUGGUUCCAGCACAAAUGAUCCUUACGUUGCAUUUAGAAGGCGAACAGAAAAGAUGCAAACUCGAAAAAAUCGAAAGAAUGAUGAAGCUUCUUAUGAAAAAAUGCUUAAACUGAGGCGGGAUCUGAGUCAUGCGGUAACAAUUCUAGAGAUGAUAAAGAGAAGGGAAAAGAGCAAGAGGGAGUUACUGCAUUUAACAUUGGAAAUUAUGGAAAAAAGAGAUAAUUUGGGUGAUUAUAAUGGAGAGAUCAUGUCUGAAGUAAUGGUACAUCGACAGCCCAUGAAGCCUACCUAUGCUAUUCCUGUUAUUUCUAUUCCUAAUAGCACUCAGUUUAAACACCCAGAAUGUAUGGAAUUGAAGGAAUUUAAAAUAAACAAGCAAGAGAAAGCUGAUGCUAUACGACCAAAGAGAAAAUAUGAGAAGAAGCCCAAAAUUGUAUCAUCGGCUGCUAUUGCUAUUCAGCAGUCAAUUCCUUCUGCACUGCCAAUCUUUAAUGUUAAAGAUAUGAAUCAGUACGACUUUCCCAGCUCUGAUGAAGAACCUCUUUCUCACGUCUUGUCUGGCUCUUCUGAAGUUGAGGAAGAAAAUGAUCCUGAUGGGCCAUUUGCUUUCCAUAGGAAAGCAGGCUGUCAGUAUUAUGCUCCUCAUUUAGAACAAACUGGUGACUGGCCAUGGAAUAGUCCUAAAGGGGGAACAUUAGGAGAUGAGCAUUACAGAUACUGCUUAACCACCCUUACUGUGCCACAAAGGUGCAUUUGGUUUUCACGUAGACGGGUUGGACGUGGUGGAAGGGUGCUACUGGACCGAGCAUAUUCAGAAAACAACAAUCCAUUUUGCCAGCUGGAUUCAGAAAUACUUUCCUCACAACUAUACCCUUCAGUCAAUCAAUUUGCCAAUACCUCAGAAACAAAUACCUCGGACAGAUAUUUCUUUAAAGACCUCAGUCAGAUACUAGUCAAUUUCAAAUCAUGUAAAUGGAGGCAUUUUAGGCCUCGGACACCAUCCCUACAUGACAGUGAUGAAUUUUCCUAUAGGAAAUUACACAGGAGUGUAAAUCAAGCAGGCACAGUACAACCUGGGACCCAGACGUGCAGUACCUCUAUACAAAGUAAAAGUAGCAGUGGUUCAGCACACUUUGUUAAAAUACAAAAUCCAAAAAGAAGAAAGAAAAAAAAGAACAAAACAAAGACAAAAAGAAAAAGAAAAGAAAAAAAAGGUGUGUAAACAAAAUAUCAAACAUACACAUAAAAUGUCCCCCCUGGUUGAAAACUGAUAAAUAUAAUUCAGCAAUAGUAAUUGUCCCCCCCCCCUGCAAAACAGGUCCACAAUGUAUGAACUUCUAUAUAUUGGCAAAAUUGCUAUAUAAUAUUAAAAAUAUCACAAGGCUUUAACAUUAAAAUCAUCCAGCUCCCAUCUUUUUUUUAUAACUAUUUUGGGGGGCAUUGUAGAGAAUAUAUGAUAUGUAGUGUUCAAAGUCCUUAAUUUAUUGUUGCUUUGAUUUUAAUAUAAUCCAAACCCCUCUUAUAGCUGAGCUUUCACAGCAAAGUAUAGACAGUUUCUUCUCAAGGGCAAAGAAAGUAAGUGUUUCUUAACAAAGUAAUCGCAAAAGAAACUGAGAUAAUAGUUCCCACAGUAGAAAGCAAAUGGGAAAAAAGGAAAGUUCUCAUCUUUUGAAAUAAAAAACAGAAAUAUGUACAAAAAUAAAAUGGAAUAACAGAGUUCUUUUAAAAACUAGUAAAAUCCUUACAAUAAGAAUCCAGUAUAAGUCAGAUCAAAUCACUUUCACUGCAAAAAGGAGAAGCCUCAUUGACAUCCUUGCGGCGAGGUGAAAGUCAAAGUAUAUUUUAUAACUCCAAAGUACAAUGAUGAAAGCACACAUUUAUAAUCCAACGGGGGGUGUAGAGCACUUCAGCAUUCAGCCAGGUUAUUUAACAGUUAAAAAUGUUAG